AUGUCUGGCCCAUACAUUACCGGCUUAGGGCAAAGGAAGAGAAAACAUAACGACUCUGAAUCCACGACCACCGAAGAAGAAGAAAUUUCUAACCAUCUGCAGGAAAAAAACGCAGAUUUUUUUUUGGUACCCGACCAGAACGAGGAUUAUUCGACGUCACGCAAAAAACGUCGUGUCACAUCAGCUGACGCCGAAUUAAUCCCAAAAUUCCGGCCAGAAGACAAAAACAACAAUGUUUCUGGGUGGUUACAUAAGAUCGACCAGCUUGGAGACAUUUAUGAUUGGAGCAGCAAGGAUCGGCAAUUUAUUAUGCAGCUACGUCUUCGAGGAACGGCUAGAGAUUGGUAUGACGAUUUAGACGACUACAACCUCACUUGGGAACAAUGGAAAAACACCCUACAAACCGCGUUUCCUCGAUCUACAGACUUUGUGGAUAAACUAGAACAAAUGUUAGCAAGGACGAAGGAAGAUGGUGAGUCAAUGACAAGAUAUUAUCAUGAGAAAUUGUCAUUGCUACGUAAAUGCAACAUAACCGGAGAGGAUGCUAUUUCUUGCAUCAUUCGAGGACUACCGGCCGAAUUAAGAAAUAAUGCAAAGGCCUAUAAGUGUGAAGCGCCAGAACAGCUUUAUUUUGGAUACUUGUCGUCGUUGGAGAACUUCGAGCGAGUUGAAUCAGCUAAUUCAACACGCAAGUCUACAUGGAAGAGGGGUACUGCGAAUACGAAUAUAUCAACUGGGGGACCGGUGCAGCUAGUUCCAAGGCUGUGCUUCGUGUGCAGGCGACCUGGACACGAGGCACGAGACUGCAGGAUUCAACGCUGCGAUAUCUGUCAACGUCCUGGGCAUGCGGCGGAUUCCUGCUGGUAUGCAGCGAGUUCCUCGCGACAACAAGGUCAGCAG